AUGGUGCAAACGGUCAACAAAGCGAAUAACCAAUCAGAUCACUCGUCUCAGUCCGUCUCCACGUCACGCCACAGUCAAAGCACUGGAGAUGAGGGCGGUGUUCACGCAUCUUGGGAGUUGACAAUGAGUAUACCGCUUUCGACCCUUCUGAACACAGUCUUCUUCCAUACAAUCUUCACCUACAAUGCGGACUUGGAUGCUAAGUUUGCUGAUCACGUCUCAAUCAACAACUCUGAGUCUGAGGUUUUAAGCAAGAAUGCUCGAAAGAAGGAGCUGAAGAACAAAGAGAAGGAGGAAAAGAGGCGUCUUAAGAAUCAUGAGAAGGAGAAAAAGGCUGCUGCCAUGCCAAAAUCACAAGUCCAGAAGCAGUCUACUGCAGAUGAUGAGGACGUGGAUCCAACGCAAUUUCUUGAAAAUCGCCUGAAAACACUUGCUGUCCAGAAGGCAACAGGAUUGAACCCCUACCCUCACAAAUUCCAUGUCUCCAUGUCCAUUAUUGAAUUCAUAAACAAAUAUGAAAGCUUAAACAGUGGAGAGUAUGUGGAGGAUGUUCAAGUAUCUUUAUCAGGGUGA